CGAGGAGUUGCAUGCAUAAAACUAUAUUAACCUUUCCACAGAAUACGAAAAAUGUUCAAUAUGAUUUUUAUAUGUUUGGGAGUUUUCUGCAUAAUGAUUUCAGUAAACUGUGAGAAGAAAAUAGUUGUAGAUAGUGAGUGUGUCUACACGAAGAUCGAUGAAAUUCUGGGUGAAAAAUUUAAUACAACGACACAGAUUUGCUGCAAGAGGUCAGGAGUUCACGAUAAAUAUCAACUGGAACAGGAAGUAGAAUGCUGUGGAGAAAGAAUUUACAGAAAGGAGAAAGAGAUGUGUUGCAACGGACAAGUCCAUUCAAAGGAUAACAAUGUGAAAAACUGUAAACAGAGAACACAGAUCUUGGACGGUUGGAAAGUCACUAAAACAAGAUACAAUAGGAGACAUUUUAUGGAAGUCAAUGGAUUUGUUGGUCGGGUUUGGAAAUCGUGGUUAAGACAAUUUAAACAAAGAAGGCCAUUGAUGAUAAUUUUCAAAGCAAAAUAAAUCUAUAGCCAUGAUUCAUGAUAUAAUUUCAUUUCAAUGCAAGAAUGUAUUUUUUCAGCUAACAAGGUUGUGGUAGAGUGAAAUUUUAUGCAUUAGAUAUGUUUAUUAUGUUAUAUGUAUUAUUGCAUAGUUUUGGUGAUUAUGUUCCAUUUUUUUUCUAACAUGAAAAUAUUUUAAUAUUAGUACAGUGUAUUAUUUUCAUAUUACAUGUACUAUUUAAUCAAUGCAUUAUUCAAUUGAAAUAUUUAAAUCAAUUAUAUACAGUUAUUUUACCUUAAUGUAAGAGUCCUAUCUUUUUUUUUUAACACUGGCAAUGCAAAAUCUAUAUUUAGAAGGAAUAUCCUUCUACCUGUAUUCCUGUAUUUCUAUUGUAUAGAAUUGGUCAGCUGUUACUUCAUUGGUCAUGGCAGACUAAUGUGACAAUUUUAGUGAGAAUUUUUUUUUUUUGUGUUACCAGUUCUUCUGAAGUCUACUUCUAUUGACCUGAAAUUUAAAUAUUUUAACAGGUCAGUUGAUUUAUAAUUUUUUAUACUAGCUAAUAUAUAAAUGGUCAUAUUUUGAGAUUAUUUAUAGAGAUUAUUAAGAUAUUAUAUAAUUGGCUUAGAAAAUAAAUUACUAAAUAUUAUUUUUUUAAAUGUUUAGUAAAACUCAGUCUGGUCAAUGAGUACAAAGCAUUGUACAUGUAAGAACAUGUGUAUUUUUUAUUUUCUUUAACUUAGAUUAUUAACGUCAGUAUUCAUUUUACAUCCUGAAUAAUUUUUCUAAUCAACCUUUACAUCUCACGUUAGGUAUACAUAGUUUAAGCAUUUUUUAAACAAGGUUUAAGCUUAGUUCAUGUAUAGUUGAAUAUAUUAUUAUUUCGUAGUAUUAGUAGUAUUAUGAAACUGAUAAUUAGUUCUAUAAUUUCAUUAUAAAUCAAUGUGAAAUAAAUUUGAUAUGAUAUCUUAAAGUUUUCGUCAUACGAAUGUCAUUAUAAUUGUUUAUUUUCUUAAUGACCCGCUAAUUUGUUUACGGAUACAAAUAUUUUUGAGUUUUGUUUGUAAAGAGAAAUACUUUCAUCUUAUGUCAAAACUGCAUGUAUGUAAGAGUUAUCUUUCCUAUCUCACAAUAAUUUUAUUUCAGGGUUUACCUAUAUCCUUACUUACACCUAUUUUGUAUGAUAUACUACUUUGUUACAUCAAAUAAAGAAGUAAA